ACUUACCAUCUUAUGCAUAUGCAUAAUUUGACAUGCAUAUUAUUAAAAUCAAAGGCUUUGUAGAAGUGCACAGCAAGCUAAGGCUUAUGUAAUAUAAGCCAGUCAAUCAAUUAGGGAACCAUCUAUGAUGUGCUCCGUAGCAACCAAAACUCCCUCUCUUGAACUCCACAAAACAGAGACCCUCUAUUUUAAGUAGGGUCCAUGAGUACCCUUCACUCUGAUCUGCCCUCUCUUUGCUUUGAAUAAUGUGCUCUCGAUACUCUGUAAUUUUUAAUUUGCUACUUGCAAAUUUUACUUUACUCAUCUUGAAUAAGGCAUCAUAAGAACCUGGAAACAUAGGUCCCAGACCCUGACCUAUUAACAUAGAUGUCCUUAAGUACAACAGCUCGGGACAUAGUAGUUGAAGGACCACUGUCCCAGAGAAUAAAUUAAAUCUUGCUAGGUGAUGUCCCAGGAUGGCAGUGGAAGCCUGUGGCCCCUUGGGCUACUCCUGGGUGUUAAACAUCAUUGCUUUAAAAAUGUUUGCUGGACCUACUAUUCUAUGAAGGAAGAAAUGUCAUCAGUGCCCUUGGGCUCUGGGCUGUUCCUGACACACACCGCUUAGCUGUGUCUACUCGCAUAUGCAGCAAGUGUCAUGAGGCUUCACUUUCUGCCUCUCUGAGGUAGGACAGUCACCUGACCUGCUAGUCCUAGGUAUGUUAGAAAACCCAACAAGAUAAUGAUAGUAAAGCAUGUACUGACCCAACGACUGCUUUGUAUUUUAUUCCACAGUUACAGCUGGAUGUGUGGGCAGAGUGUCUUGGAUCGAGUGACUGGAGGAAGGAUGAAUAAAUGAGUAAGCCUGUGUGCCACAAACCUCUCCCAGUAACAGGACACAGACAGAUCAUGAGACAGCUCCAUCCUGUGGCAGGGUAAGGCACUGCAGGGGGCUGAAGAGGCCUAACUUAGAGAGCAGGAACCACACAGGGUGUCUGGAAAGCAGACAGAGGAAGCAAGUGGGGACCAGCAGAGGCUUCAGUACAGGUUUGCUGUUACAGUAGAAACAACCAAUGAUCCCCAGGAACACAGAGUUCCAGAGCUUGUGUGCAUGGCCGACUGCAUCCUGGUGAGUUCUCAGACCAUGUUCUGUGGCUGGUGAGCUGGUGUAGCCUUCUUUCUCUUCCCCAGCAACCACUUUCACACUCUCUCUGCCCACCUACACAUCUCUUUGAAGCCUGCCUUUACAUAUAAGGAGAUUAAUAGUAACAAUGCCCCAAGUGGCCUCCGCCUCCUCCGGGCUACAGAAGUGCUGAUGAAAGUGAAUUAUGAUGGGGAUGGCGCUGACUUUAAAGUAACCGAGACCAGCUGUGUGUCGCCACCUCAAUCUGGUCCACGGAGACUUUUCUGUGGUUUAACCAGUUUUCCGAAACAGAGUCUGCCCCAGGGAGCAGGGAAAAUUACUUUAAUGACCAGUUAGAUUUUGAAGAUGGAGCAGGGUGCCAUUUAGACAAACAGAAUUCCCUUGUUAAUCUGUGGCCAAAUGCUUGCAAGACAUUAAAGGGACGUGGGAAAGCCCAUAAAGCAAGGAACCAAAACGAGAGAGGCUCUCAUCCUAAGUUUGACUUGCAAAUAUCACUAUGAACUCAUGGUAGGUUUCCUUUAAAACAGAAACCAACAGGGCGGUCUCCUAGCUUUGCCUCCUACGUACGCUUAGAACAGAGUAGCCUGUUGGAAGAACAUCCUUGAACCUGGCUGUGGUCUCUAUGCGCCAAAUUCCAAAGCACCACCAUGUCUUGUCAGAAUGAACAUGGAGUCAUGAUGUGUAGCCAUGGCUGGAGAACGUUGCAAAUGACCAAAAAGCAAGUGUCACGAUGCCUGAAACUACAGCCCUGAACAAAGGCCAGAAAAGGCAGAGCAGUGCUGGACUUCAAGGCUGCGUGAAGGUGUGCUGUGUCCUGCUGUAUCCGGCUGUAUCCGGCUGCCAGCCUACUGCCUGGUGGCUUCUCUCAGUGUAAACACUGCUGGGGCUUCAGGUUCCUUGGCUGACCUGAGGUGCAGUUGACACAGAGCAGCAGAUUCAGUGAAGACCUUCAUCUGCUCACACAGUUUUGGAAUUCAGAACUAUUCUCAUGUGUGCCCCAAAGUGACCAGUGAGGACUUUCUUUUCUGUUCUAGUCUUUUUUCUCUUUUCUUUUUUCUUUUUUUUUUCCCGGAGCUGAGGACCGAACCCAGGGCCUUGCACUUGCUAGGCAAGAGCUCUACCACCGAACUAAACCCCCAACCCCUCUGUUCUAGUCUUAUUUCUCAUCAGCAUCAUAAUUACUGUGUACUCAUAUACUUUAGCACACAUGGAACUUCCUAUGGAUCACACUUCUUGUGCCCAUAGGUGCCAUUUGAAGUUAGCGUCCAGGGUCUGCCUUGGCCCGAGGUGUUUUGGGCCUCCCAGCUCUCGAGUGACAGACAGCCUGUCUCACUAAGAGGUCCUGGUUCCUCUUAGUGAAAAUAAAGACUCAGGUGCUCCUGUCCUAAGGGUGCUUAUGAGCUGUCCAUUACCACUGUUUGUUUGUUUUUAAGAUUUAUUUAUUUAUUCUAUAUAAGUGCACUGUAGCUGUCUUCAGACACACCAGAAGAGGGCAUCAGAUCUCAUUACAGAUGGUUGUGAGCCACCAUGUGGUUGCUGGGAUUUGAACUCAGGACCUCUGGAAGAGCAGUCAGUGCUCUUAACUGCUGAGCCAUCUCUCCAGCCCCUAUCACUGGGUUUUUAAAACUAAUUUUAAAAUUCUUUAUUAGUUUACCUUAUCUUUAGUUUUAAUUAAUUUUUUUACAUUUAUUCAUUUUUAUGUGUAUGUGUGUGGUGAGAAUUCUGAAAUUUGGGUUUCUUGAAAAACACAAAAGUAUGGUAAUGUGUUUUUGUUUUAAUCCAAGGUAUAGGGAUGUAGGGCUGCUUCAAAAUGUCUGCAGCAGCUAACUAUGAUUUGCCCCGUGCUCUAGCAGAGGCAUGAUUUGCCAGCUGCAGACAGUUACUGUGAUUGUGUACCAUUUGGAAUUCUGGAAACUUUUCAGAGGGUCUAUAGAUGCUAGAGACCUAAUAGGUAGGGUAGGUAAUUGUUGGUCUUUCAGAGGGGUAGGUUGUGGUUUGUUAGUAGUCAUUUCUUCAAAGUAGUAGUUUCUUCAAAGAAGAAACAAAAGGAAAGAAAUUAGACUCAGGGACCUCGCUCUCUCCUCCCUAUCCUUCUUUCUCUCCUAUUUAGUGAUAGAGGGUAAAACCAUGGUGGGGGGAAUAAAGGCUGGGCAAAAACGAACCCACAAAGUAGCAAGGACCGGCUACAUGUGUACACAUAUGUCCGUGGAUUCACGUAAGCCAUAGCCUGCAUGCGAAGAUCAGAGGACAGCUGCAGGGAGCCAGUUCUCUCCAUCCACCAUGGGGGUUCUGAAGCUCAGACUCAGGUUUGUCAGCUUGGCGCAGGCACCUCUCCAGCUGAGCCAUCGAUCACACCGGCCCAGUUUUCAUUCUUCCAUACACCAGACAAACCUACCAUUCCUAUCAGUGCUCAUUUGUUCUCUGUAUUUGGAGUCACGGUAACAAUGCUAUGUAAUCAUUAACAAAAUGGAAACUGAAAACAACUCAGUUUCUUUUAUGUUAGGUUUGGUUUUGGUUUUGAGUUUCCUUACAAAAUGUCCUAGUAGGAAACUUGGCCACCCACUCACAUCUUAAUUCUAUAUUUCCCUUCUGCUUUGCUUUUGGUUAUUAGGGGUUGCCGUUUUAAGAAUCAGUUUUUGUUUCAUAACUCUAAAAAUGUGUGCCCCGUGCAAAGAUAAAUCAAACUCAAAGAAAUGUGUCUUCCAUCCUAUUCCAUUAGUGUGCUCCUCCAUUAACAAUCUUCUCUCCCGUUGCCAUGGUGAUGCAACAAGUUACCCCCGAAGCUUAGUGGCAUGCACAAGUACUGUGUAGGUUCACACAUUUUGUGGGUUGCACAUUUAGUCGAGGGUGACAGCAUGGGCUUCUACCUGGCUUAGGCUAUGCACACACCCCUCUCAGAACAAAGCAGCUAGCAAGCUGUUAGCGACCUAGCUCUGCUAACCUGCUUCAAACUUUAAACCCAUCCCGCUUCGAACAGUGGAAAUACCGAACAGAAGAAACACUGGCUUUCUCCUCUUAACAACCGCCAAACGUAGAUUCUAUCUUAUCGUUUCCAUUCAUGUCCAGGCUUGGAGGUUGAGGAGCUGAUCUGACCUAAACUGGUUUUGGGUUCGUGCGCAUUAAAGCAAAUCAUGUCUUCAAAGUGAACUUGUAGGGAGACUCUCUUAUUCACCACCUUAUGCCUGUGCAUAAUUGGAUACACAUAAGAUUAAAAUCAAAUACAUCAUAGGAAGGGACAACCAUGCCAGAGAAGAGGUAGUACAACUUAAAAGCCCUUCAACCUACUUUUACUAAGUCCCUUGGCAGCCAAAGUUUCCUUCUCCUGAAUCCUAUAAGUUGAAGCCUUCUUUCGUGGCUUGCUGUCAAUUUGGAUAAUAUAUUUCUUCUCUCCGGCACUACUGCAUUGCUUAGACUAAAGUUUCCUUGCUACACUGCUAUCUGUGCAAGCUUUCAAUUCCUUGAAUAAAAUAUCAAGAGCCUGGAGACACCUGGUCCAGACACUGACCAUCACUAACAGUAUGAUGGGAACGUUAGGUACAGUUUGUACUUAAAAUGCUCCCCAAAGAUCUUGGUUGCCGGCUAGCGGGGUUUCUGAUUGGGCCCUGGGGGCUCUGAGCCAUAUGUGCUGAGGGCUUUCUAAUUGACUAGUUGAUGGCAACUGGAUUUGGUAAAGCCUACUUGAGGAAGCUGGGGUGUGCUCUUGGGGCCUAGAUUUUUAAGUCCCCCAGCCCUGUUUCUAUCAGCAUGCUCUUCCACCAGGAUGGGCUGCCUUACCACAGGCUUAGGAAUAGCAGCAGAGCCAAGUGACCCUGGCCUGAUAACAUCUUAAACCUUGAGCUAAAAUAAGCAUUUCCACCUUUUAAUGUCUCCUGUCAGGUAUUUUAUCACAGUGAUAGAAAGGUAGCAUCUAGUGACUUAACUACUCCUUGAUGCCUGGGUCUCAGCUUGUCUUAGUCUCUUUCCUCUUGUUAAUAAAAAAUACUACAGACUAACAGAGUUAAGAAGGGAGAGUUAUUUAGCUUACUUGAGGCUAAAAGCCCACACAGUGUUGCUGGCUCUGGUGAUUGACAGCUUUCUUGUUGACAACAUCCCGAGGUGGUGCAGGUAACUCUAUGUUGAGAUAGGGACAAUCUUGUCCAUUGUGUAUGUGUCCUCUAAUCUCUUUCUAAAGAAAGAUAAAAUUGGGAGGGCCCUGCUUGUGACCUUUUUCAAUUUUAAUUAAUCCCCAUAAGCCCAUCACGUACAAUCCAAGGUUGGAUUUAAUCUCUACCCUUUUAAUACCUCACCGUGGAGGUCAAAUUUCAACAAGUGACAGAGGGGUAAACAUUCAAACUACAGCUGGAAGUGUCAGGAGCUAUAAGAGAGGGAGUUCCUUUGUAUGCCAGCCUUUAAUGGGUCUCUCCAUAAAGGUCAUUUGCUCAUGCCCAGUUUUUGUUCUUCAGUGAGGGUCCUAAGACAGAGGUCACUGAGUAGAGAGGCUGCAGCACCUCAGGAGGUGCAGGGCAUCACUCGCUCUGUAAUGCUUGAGCUCCUGUCCCCGCACCCAUGCUGAGUCUACUAUGCACUGGCUGGCUUCCUGCAAGAUGAUGGUUUAAAACGCUCAAGUAAACAGCCUUUCAUAAUAUCCACGUAGGAGUGUUUAUAGGUGCAUGUGGGUGUCUAUACACGUGACUGUGUGUGAGUAAGCUCUUUUUUUUUUUUCUUCAGAGUAAAUAUCCUUUGUGGAAUGAGUCAGAAAUAUACAGAUAAUAAACUUUUAAGGCAAAAUUUUGUAGAUGACAUUUUGGUCCAAGGUACAAAAGUUGACAUUAAAGGAUAAAGAUGACAUAUUUCACAUGACAGAGCAUCAGGCUGUUUGGUUUAUUCCGCUUCUUUCCCAGGGCUCUAGUUUUCUCUGCUGACAUCAACAGGGAAAGAUGACAUGCCAAGUGACACCUGACAAGGUUCUUCUAUUUCUCUCCUGUGGCUGUUUGUCAUAGCCGCAGCUCAGAAUAUAACACUUCUAUACAACGUCCCACAACAGCCAGCCUGACAAGCAUUGGCAAGGCUAGAAAUCUGGGAACUGUAAGAAGAGAAAGGGCAGAACAACUUGAGCUGUCCCUUCCCAACACACAGACUGCAAAGGAGUUUUAAAGCAAGACUCGACAGAGUAUGGCAAAGCCCUUCAGAAUUUGAGAGUUCUCAGCUGGCAGCUUAAAGAAGGAACCACACAAGUAUAUAAUCAAGCCAAGGGAGUUUCCACCAGGAAGCCCUGACUCUACUGUCCCAACUACAAGGUCCCCUAGUCUCUGUUCCGGGAGAGGAAAACAACAUGGGUUCUUCCUGGGGAUUGGGUGUAAUGGCUCCCGACACCAUUACUGAUGCUUUCUUUACACCACAUGGCAGGCUACCGAGAUGGUUGGUUUCCUAGUUGCAGAAGUGGAAAGCUUGCUGGGAAGAAGCCAGUUAGCUAGCCUGCUUCCUUCACAUUGCUCACCACUGGGAAACCAUGAGCUGAAGCCCAGGUUCUUCCUCUUAGCAGGGAUGGACGUACCCUCAGCUUUAAAGCCUCAUGCAGUCCUGGUGCCUCAUCUUGCCCACCUUGACCCUUGCCUGGCCUUUCCACUGGAAAUCAUCCAGCAGUGUGCACUUUGAACUCAGAUGGGAUGCUCCCUUCCUGUUCUGGCUGGCCACUGCCCCCAUAUUCCCAGGGCCUGUUUUCCUGGGAACACCCAAGUCUCAGGGUAUGUGACGCUUUAAUAAAAGUUUGCAUUCUGACACUUGGCACAUUCAGUUGUUGUAUGGUGCUCGGCUUGUUGUUGACAGCUGACACAUUUGUGCUCACAGACGCUGCAAACUACAGCUACUUUCAAGGCAGGUCCUGACCCAAGGGAUUCCACUGGACAAUGAAGCAUCAGAACUAAUGUGUUGGGGCCAUCGAAAAUGUCAUUCUGCCUUUUGAAGAAGCUUUUAUCUUCUAGCUAGGUCUAGAGCAAAAAAACCUUACCUUCAUCUGGAAAGGAAACUAUGUUGCAACAAGCCACCAAAAUUGGGCCAGUUUGUUGCUGCAACACAAUCUGGUGAAAACUGCAGUGGGAAGUCUCCGUGUUAAACCUGGGAGGUCACCGAAAGGUCAUGCCACGAAAGCAUCCUGGCCUCUCGGGUCUCAACAGAUUUAAAGACCUCAGCUCACCUACUGGAUUAUCCCUGCCUGUUACCCCCCUAUCCCUCACUGAGGUCCUGCAGACACACAUGCAAACUCCAACCCGCAAACUUCACCAUCCGUCCCCUCACACUAUGUCCUGGGAAGGAAUAAAAUCCCUUCAGAGCUUCACCUCCCUGCUGCCUGGCUUCCGAGUGAAGCUAGUGCACCUCUUUCCCUUUCUCUCCUUUAUUACAAACAUUUCCCCUCUCCUCAGGUUGCACGGGGCACUUGGUCCUGCUGGACACUUGUUCUGGGUUCACAUCCAACUUUUGGGAGGUUAAGCACUUCCACAGCUUGGAAGCUCCUUUUUUAAAAAAGGAAUGAACUGGAGUCUUAUAUUUAAUCCAGCAGAGUCGGGCAGAUCUCUGUGAGACCAGUCUGGUCCAUAUAGUAAAUUCCAGGUCAGACAAGGCUACAAACUGAGACUCGGUCUUAAACACAAACAGCAACCCACUCAGGAAUACACAGCUAUAAACACGAAAUGAAGCAUGGGUCUUGAAUGGACCCAUGUCAGUGAAGGGGGAAGCAGGAGCCCAUGCUCCGCUCAGGUCCCUUGCUGAGGGAAGCAAGCAUAGUAAGUGGGUUGUAAUUCUUAAGGGAGGAGAGACCUUUGCUGAGGAUAAAGGAAGUAACUGGUGACUCCUUCCAACCGAUGUGGCAAAUAUUACAAAACCAAACCCCUCACUCUUUGGGUUCUGGGAGGUGGCUUAUUGCAAGAGCUGUUUUUUCCCCAAGUGACCUAAAAAAAAAAAAGCCCAAAUGUGCCUGUCAAUUCUGCUCCUCACCAACUCCAUCACCACCAAUGUAACAAAGGACUACCCAAACAUUACCCAAGCCAUGCUAAGCUGUUCUCUCCCUAGGCUGAGGGGCUGGGGCUCACCCAUUUUAGGUAGAGGCUGGUCCUGGGUACAGCUCUAAAAUUAUACUCCAACAAUGUGUUGAAGCCAGGAUACUCAUGAGAACUAUUCCGACUACAUCACCCUCCCAUGAAUGUGGUAGUUCUCAGCCAAGUCCCUGCAAUUACCCUUCCUAAUAACACCUGGCCUUAGAAGUCCAGGUUUGGCUUUUGUUUGGCAGGAGCAAAGCAGGCUUCUUUCUCUCAGGUGUUUAAGUAGACAUGACUGAGGUUGAAGUAGAAUUUGGGGUAAUUCGUUUAAAUGGUUAUGUUUAUCCAUGAGAGAAAACAGAACCGUGGGUGUGUCUGCAUCAUCUAGUCUUGGGGGUCUAACAUUUUGACAGUGUGGCACAAUUUUAUCAUCUACAAUGCUCAUCCUAGGGCAUCAUGACAUUAUUUCAAAUUGCAAAAAGCAAACAAACAAAACCCCUCAUAAUGUUUUAGGUUGGGUUUGUAGUUUUGUGUUGGGCCACAUCAUAGCUAUCCUUGGCUGUGUGCUGCCCGGGGGUGUGGAAAUUGGACACUUCUGGCAAUGCAGACUUAGAUGGUUAGUGCUCUCUGUCCAAUCCGCAGCCGGGGUCCUACAGUGGCAAUGUGGCCAAAGUGGCACGGGCCUCACUUCAGUCUGGAGGGAAUGGCAGAUAGUAAUCUGGAUCAUCAGAUCUUUAUUUACAUUGGACCAUGGUGUUUUUCCCACGGGGUCCCGGCCUGGAGGAGUUUCACAGAUCCAAGUGCUCCAGUGCACAGGGCCCGAGUGUCCCCCUCAUUGUGGACCAGGUAUGUUGGAGGCUGGAAAGCAAGGGAACCUCGGGUGCCUGGGGGGUACGGGGCUGCAUGGAUAUGGUAUAGCAAGGAAUUUGAAGUCUACUAGGUGGCCUGAGUAUUUCAGUGUGAGGGGCGAGAUGGGUGUGAGGUUCCUCAGGAGGGCCUGGGCGUGGGAUCAUAAAGUGGGUCAGGUGGGCCUGGGCGUAGGGGCACAUCCCCUUAUUGGGGGGCGUUUCAGCGUGGGAGCGUGUCCGUCAGGUGGGUCAGGACCUUUGGGUGUCUGGAGCCGGAGCGUCGGGGCGUGUCUGUCAGGUCCCAAGCAGUUGGGGGCUGAUCUCUUUGGAAGGCCUAAGCAUCGGGGUCAAGUAAGUUUGGUGCCAGGAACCGAGCCGUCGGUACCCGGAGCGUGGGGGCUUCCUGGGCUAAGGCGCUGGGGGUGCAGCGUGGGGGGCGUGUCCGCCGGAACUGGAGCCCGGGACUUUCUGGGCUGGGACAUGGGGGCGUGUCCGCGCAGGCCUGUGGGGGUGGCUUAAGGUUAUCCGGUGCUGCGCAGCGGACUGGCGGAAGCCUGAGGUGAAGAGUCGCUGGCGGUC